AUGAUCAGCCAUUUUCCGGCCAAUCCGUACCACCGGAUACACUGUCCAGACCUUUGGCCGAAAUACGAGUCGCCCGUCAAAACUUACCUAAACCUAGAACUCAACAAAAACCCAAAAGUCAACAGACAUGUCGAAUACGAAGGAUAUGACGGAUGGUAUAAUAAUAUUGCUAACCCGGAUCUAGGUGCAAUUGACAAACCACUGGUUAGACUCGUAUUUCCCAAAUAUAGUGAUGGUGUGUACGAGCCGUCGGGUGCCGAUCGACCCAAUCCUAUACAACUGUCCGAAGCAUUGAUGAGCGGAGAGAUCGGGAACCGAUCCAACACUGGAAAGACGGCAUUCUUUGUAUACUUUGGCCAACAGAUCGUGGAGGAGAUACUGGACGCUCAGGGGAGCGGAUGUCCGCCCGAAUACUUCAACAUAAAAAUACCGGAAUAUGUUUUGGCCGAAAACGGCAGUGAAGUGCCGUUCAGUCACAGCACAGGCCAUACGGCGAUGCCUUUGUUGCGAACCCGAUAUAACGUGAGAACCGGUCACUCGCCUAAUAACCCGCGACAACAGCUCAACGAAGUGACCCCUUGGCUGGACGGAGGGCUCACGUACGGCACCGGCAAGGGUUGGGCCGACACUUUGCGCUCCUUUAGACAGGGGAUGCUUUUAUCGCAUGAAGACAAGGGACAACUUCCGGCCAAAAACGACAUAAAACUUCCGAUGAUUAAUCCUCCGCCGCCUUCCGGUCCGCACAAAUGGCUGGGAAAUCAAAAUCCCGAUCCCUUGCCCCGUCUCUUACCAUCGGAUCGAUUCUUGAGGUUGGGUAAUCCUCGCGGACACGAGAAUCCAUUCCUCCUUACAAUGGGUGUCAUAUGGUUUCGUUGGCACAACCAAUUGGCGGAACAGAUGGCGGCCAACACGGACUGGUCUGACGAGAAGGUGUUCAAUGAGGCCCGAAAAUGGGUCAUCGCUUCCCAUCAGAGGAUUGUCGCAUACGAAUGGCUGCNACAAUGGAUGGCGGCCAACACGGACUGGUCUGACGAGAAGGUGUUCAAUGAGGCCCGAAAAUGGGUCAUCGCUUCCCAUCAGAGGAUUGUCGCAUACGAAUGGCUGCCCUCUCUGUUGGGCAAACAGUUACCCCCGUAUGACAAAUACGACCCGAGUAUUGAUCCCCAGAUCUCUAACCUCUUCCAGUCGGCGGCCUUUCGUUUUGGCCACACUUUGGUCACCGCCGGAGGUAUUAAACGAAACGCCGACUGCUCUUCGGUCGAGAAGCUGGACGUCAACGGCGGACAUGAGAUCAACGAUCAGAUCAUACGGACGUGUAAUAGCUUNUUCCAGUCGGCGGCCUUUCGUUUUGGCCACACUUUGGUCACCGCCGGAGGUAUUAAACGAAACGCCGACUGCUCUUCGGUCGAGAAGCUGGACGUCAACGGCGGACAUGAGAUCAACGAUCAGAUCAUACGGACGUGUAAUAGCUUCUGGAAACCAGUCGACCAUUUGCUGAACGGAGGCUUUGAAGAGAUAGUAAUGGGUCUGUCCUCACAACCGGCCGAACGCGAGGACAACGUUAUUGUUGAAGAUAUUCGCGGCAAUGUUUUCGGACCUCUCGAAUUCACACGAAGAGAUUUAAUGGCUAUUAAUAUCCAAAGAGGCAGAGACCACGGAUUGCCCGACUAUUUGACUACUAGAAGAGAGUUGGGAUUAGAUGUCGAAGACAUGAGUAAACUCAGUAUUGAAGAGAUUGCGGACAGACUCUGGAGUUAUAACAUUGGUUUAAAUAAUGGAUUAAGAGAGAAAAUAGUGAAAAUAUAUAGGAAUAGAACCGACAAAAUAGAUGUUUGGGUCGGAGGCCUAUUGGAGACAACGCGCACCGGACCCGGAGUGCUCUUCGCACGGGUUAUCACCGAUCAGUUCCGGAGGAUUAGAGACGCCGAUAGGUUUUGGUUUGAAAAUCAAAAUAAUGGAUUAUUUACAAAAGAAGAGAUCGAGAGAUUGAAAGCGUUGACUAUUUAUGACAUUAUUGUCAGCAUUACUGGCGUUAAAUCGGAUAAUAUUCAGCGAAGGCUAUUUCAGUUGCCCACAGACUCAAAUCCCAUAUCAAACGAGUGCUCACAAGCGAUGGCUAAAUAUUCAUACGAUUGUCUCAAUAUUAUCACAAAUACUACCGAAACGUGUCUCACAUUGGGUGCCGUCACCAGAGAUCGGGUGCUAAACGACAGGUGCACUAAAGCCCAUACAUAUGACUAUUUCAUAGGCAAUGAGUGGAGUUAUGCGCUAACCUUCACGGGAAUCGGUUUGUUCGGCAUUUUCUGUGUUCUCGCACUCAAAUGUAUGACUAAUAGCCGGCAAAUGCAAAACGAUAAGCAAAGACAAAGCAAUUCACGGAUGAAGCGAAUGACACUCAGCGAAGAAAUCGCUUUAGGCCAGGAAUGGGUUGGCAGAAAUGAAGGCUUGAGAUGCGUUCAAAUCAUCUGCAAGUCGUCCAAAAAGUGUAUUGACGUUAAGUUAGAAAACGGCACAAAAGCUGUCCGUAGUAUUGAUUUACGAGACGCGGCGGCCAUUGAAUUGCAGGCCAGCGCUAACCGAAAGCAGGAUUACCUGCUUCUGAAAGUGGCCAAUGAAUACGAUUUGGUCCUCAAGUUUGACUCCUAUUACGAAAGGGAGAGAUUCGCCACAAAAGUGGAGCUCUUUCUCGAAGAGAUCGGAGUCGGAAGAGAAAGGAUUGAAUUGGACUUAAAGUCUAUGUUGAAGACCGCCUACACUAAGGAGAGGCGACAGAAACACUUGGAACAGUUCUUCAGAGUUGUCUUCUCUCAUGCAUUUGGAGUGAAAACAAGAGAAGAGUUGAACGUAAGGACAGCGAAAGAAGUGAUAAAAACUGAAUUAACGCAAUACGAGUUCGCGGACGCGCUCUCAAUGAGACCCGACUCGACAUUCAUUCAACAGAUGUUCGCUUUGGUGGACAAAGACAACAACGGAUACAUCUCUUUCCGUGAGUUCUUGGAUAUGAUUGUAAUCUUCGCCAAAGGAACCGCUGACCAGAAGGCAAAACUCAUGUUCGAUAUGUAUGACAUGAACAGCACCGGGAAGUUGACGGUCGACGAGUUUAAGACAAUGAUCCGAUCGAUGCUAGAGUUGGCCAAUCAGAGCAUUUCCGGCCAACAGAUGGACGAAGUGAUCGGAUCAAUGUUUAGGAGCGCCGGACUUAGAAGUCGUCAGGAGUUGACAUUCAAUGACUUCCAGAAACUGUUGGGCGACUAUAAGGAAGAGCUCGGAUACGCGGAACUCAACUUCGAUGUGAGUGGCAUUCAAGAGAUCGCUUCUCCCGGAGGCAACAAAAGACAGAGCGCUUACCUUAAGGCAAAUCAAACGCUGAUCCGCGCCUACAGUUACUUCGGCGGCACGACAGCGAUGCCCAACGAUCCGACACAGCAGACCAUUAAACCAAUCGCUAAGACAUCGCCCUCUUUGCUAAGAGUGGAGACCCACGAAGCGAAGAGAGGGCCCGAAUGGCUCACU